UUUAUCGGAUUCACCCCUACCGAAACCUCUGCAACAACGUAAGCAAAAUGUCUUAAAUUUUCUCAGAAAAAUUCCCAUUCUUUUCUCGAAUUCGAUCGGACGCUUUGUUUACUUUCAGAGUUUCUGCUGCUUCUCUUUGUCUCCUUUGACCAUCCGUUUGCUAUCACCGUCUUGUUCGGCUGAGUUCGGCUGAGUUGUUAAACGAACCCGACUGAGGAUGGGGUGUUGUGUGAGCAAAAACGCCGAGUUGAAAGCCAGUCAGGUUUCUCGGUGGCGGUCAACGGGCAUUGUCGCUUUACGCGACGACAAAUUGAAGACAUUUCCAGAUGAAGUUCUUGAUCUGGAGAGAUCUGUGCGCACUCUUGACUUAACACGCAACAAAUUAGUUGACAUUCCUAUGGAUAUCAGCAAAUUAAUCAACAUGCAACGCCUGGCCUUAGCUGAUAAUCUUAUUGAGAGACUACCAGUGAAUUUGGGGAAACUUCAAUCUCUAAAAGUUAUGACGCUUGAUGGGAAUCGAAUCUCUUCCUUGCCUGAUGAAUUGGGCCAGUUGGUGAGGCUUGAGCAGUUAUCCAUCUUAGGAAACGUAUUAACCAGCUUGCCUGAGACUAUUGGGAGCUUGCGCAAUUUGGUUCUUUUGAAUGUAUCUUCUAAUAAGUUAAAGUCUCUUCCAGAAUCAAUUGGGAGUUGCUUCUCUUUGGAAGAAUUACAAGCAAACGAAAAUCUUAUUGAGGAUCUUCCUGCAUCAGUUUGUAAUCUCAUUCACUUAAAGUCCCUUUCCUUAAACAAUAAUAACGUGAGCCAGAUACCUAAUAAUCUGUUGAAGGAUUGCAAAGCGUUGCAGAAUAUAUCCCUGCACGAUAAUCCAAUUUCAAUGGAUCAAUUUCAGCAGAUGGAGGGAUUCCAAGAGUUUGAGGCAAGGAGAAAGAAGAAGUUCGACAAGCAAAUUGAUUCUAACGUAAUGAUCAGUUCUAAAGGCCUCGACGAGGGGGUUGAUUUAUAAGGUCAUGGCAGAUGUAAAUUGUGAUUAAUCUUUUUGCAGCUUGGGACAGAUACAGAUACAGAUAGCAGUAGCAAUAGCAUUUUGGUAUUUAUAUUUUAUGGUAUUUAUUUACGCACCAAACACAUUUGAAACAAUGUAAAUGAUAUAGAUCUUUGGGUUUCCCUGCAGA